AGUUUUGCACUCACUGUCCACGAUGAUGACAUGGCAUGGCGAGUAUCUGUCUGCUAUCAUCGCUGCACUUGCAAGCAGAACGUAUGCAGUGCCACGUCAGCGUGGUUUUGAAAUGCAUAUUCGGGUCGGAUUUAGUGGACAAACACCCGAGAAAAUACACCUAUAAGACAUAAUCAAGACCGGAGCGUCGAUACUGACGGGACCCUUCUUCAGAGAAGGAAAAAAAAAAUGGGGGAAACCAGUUCCACUCCUCAAUUAUCUCCAUUACAGAAAUGUAAUAACAAAAGUUCCCUUUUGGACCCUUCAAAAACCCUAAAAUUCUCUUUCACUGCUCUCUUUCUCUCCUUCUAUUUCCUUCUCCUCACCACCACAGCAGCAGCAACAACGCCAAUUUCGCCUUCAAAUUUCCUUUCAUAUUACACCCAACACUGUAACGACAUCGUACCAGAAUCCCCAUCCACCAAUACUCACAUUAACUUUGCUCUCGGCCAAGACAAAACCCUACAUUUUGACAUUGCUUAUUUCACCGGCGGUAACCAAAUCCUACCCAACAAAAACGCCACUCAGAACGCUGUUGUUCCGCUCUCGUUUCACCCAAAAAGAAGUACCAUUUAUUUUACACAAAUACCUCAUGUCGUUAUCCUACAAGCAACUCUCAGAUUCCACUUCCCAGUUCACUUCAAUUCCCGUAAUUUGAGGGAAAUCAGAUUCCGGCCGCCUCGAAUUCCGGUUCGAUCAAGGUCUUUAGAUUUUGAGCUUUAUGGGCUUUGGUCAAUGGAGACUGGGAAGCUUUGUAUGGUUGGAUCUUCUAGAUCGAGUUUUUCGAAUUUGGGCGGUGUUGUAAGUUCUUUUAACAAUACUAAUGUUGUCUUAAAGCUUAAAUAUCCUGUUGUUUUCAGUAAUGUUAGUAGUUUGAUUAGUGGGGUGUUAGAGAGUGUUAACGAUAAGAGUAGUUUGGGUUAUUUUGAGCCUAUUUCUAUUUUGGGUAUACCGCAUUUUGGUGAAUAUAACUAUACACUGAUAAAUAAAGGUAACGAUAAUGUGUGUUUUGAAGGAAAUGAUAGAGGCAAUGAUAAUUUACAUUUAGAGUGGCUAGAUCCUAGUACUUGUUUAACUCAUUUAUAUAGGUUUGCUAGGAAUUUGAAAUUGGAGUAUGGGAAGGAUUGCCACCGCAAUGGCAGUGGUAGAUGUAAUCCUUUUGGCGGGGAUUCUGGGAUUUUGCCUAAAUUUAUGACGAUUCAAGGAAUUAGAUGUGAGCGUGGAGGGAAUGGUGGAAUUCGACUUCUGAUAGGGUUUUCAAACUCUGUUUAUUAUGGUCAUGGACCUUUUGGUUAUGAAAGAGUUUUUGAUCCCCAUACAAUGUUUAUUGGUGAGGGAGUUUGGGAUGAGAAGAAAGAUAAGCUCUGUGUGGUUGCAUGUAGAGUUUUGAAGUUAAAGUAUUCAUUAGUUAAUGCUUCUGUUGGUGAUUGCUCGAUUCAGUUGAGCUUGUGGUUCUCUAAAACCUUGACAAUUAGAGAAAGAAAUACUGUUGUUGGGCAAAUUUCAAGCGGGAUAGCUGUGAAUGAGACAGGGUAUUUUGAUAGGAUUGGAUUUCAUGGUUCUGGGAAUAUGAUCAGGGGACUUACGGGUUUGAAAUAUAAGUAUACUAUGCUUGACAGGGUAAAUAAGUUUUGUCCAAUAAAGAAGACCAUGAGAGGUGCUGCUGGAAAGGCAUACCCUAAUGCUUAUUCCACAGAUAUGAGAUUCCUUAUGUCAGUGAGAAAUGUUAAAGGACAAAUAGCACAAGGUUUCUCAUCCCCAUUGUUUGUAGGUGAUCAGCUUUUGGAGCCUUAUCGAAUGAACGACAACCACAGCGGUCUUGUAAAUAUUAGCUAUUCAAUGACCUUCACAACAAGCUCUGAUUUUCAAUUGGGAGAUAAGCUUUUAUCAAAUGCAUCGGUAGAAAUAUCUGCUGAGGGGACAUAUGAUAAGGAGACUGGUGUCCUGUGCAUGAUAGGUUGUUCACAUCUGACAUCGGAUGACGAAAAUUCUGCAAAAGAUAGUUCAGUGGACUGUGACAUUCUGGUCAAUAUUCAGUUUUCUCCAUUGAAUGCAAAGGGUAGGGAUAACACCAAGGGAACCAUUAAAAGCAUGCGGGGAAAGAUGGAUUCUCUUUACUUCAGGCAACUUGAGAUAUCUUCUAACUCAAUUUAUAAGAGCCAAGCUACAGAAUCCAUAUGGAGAAUGGAUAUGGAGAUUACUAUGGUUUUGGUUUCUAAUACUCUUGCCUGUGUCUUUGUGGGGUUGCAACUCUAUCAUGUGAAAAAGCAUCCUGAUGUGCUACCCUUCAUUUCCUUUGUGAUGCUUAUUGUUCUUACACUAGGUUAUAUGAUACCUCUAUUGCUAAACUUUGAAGCCUUUUUCAUAGGAAAUCAUAACCGGCAGAACAUUUUUCUUGAGAGUGGUGGAUGGCUUGAAUUAAAUGAGGUUUUAGUACGGGUUGUAACAAUGAUAGCCUUUCUCUUGCAAUUUCGUUUAUUCCAACUUAGUUGCUCUGCGAGGUACACUGAUGGAAGGCACAAGAGUUUGUGGGUUUCUGAGAAAAGAGUUCUUUAUUUGUCCUUACCUCUGUAUAUAGGUGGUGGGUUGAUUGCUUGGUACGCUCAUCAAUGGAGGAAUUCCUACACGAGUCCAUAUUUACGGCCCCGCCAUAUUGCUUACCAGCAGCAUUAUCAGUGGAAAGACAUUAAAUCUUAUGGUGGUUUUAUUCUGGAUGGAUUUUUGCUUCCACAGAUAAUGUUCAAUGUAUUCUUGAACUGUAAAGAAAAUAGUCUAGCCUCUUCCUUCUAUGUUGGGAAAACUAUUGUCCGUUUGCUGCCCCAUGCAUAUGACCUCUAUAGGGCUCAUAGUUCUUCCUGGUCCCUUGAUUUAUCCUACAUAUAUGGGAGUCACAAGCAUGAUUUUUAUUCCACUACAUGGGAUAUCAUUAUUCCAUUUGUUGGUCUGCUAUUGGCUGCCUUCAUUUACUUGCAGCAGCGAUUUGGUGGCCGUUGCUUCAUUCCCAGGAAAUUUAGAGAGACGUCUGGAUAUGAAAAGGUACCUGUAGCAAGUAGUGAGGAAGUGCGAGUGGAAGCGGGACACUGAAGAUUUAAUAGUUUGUAUAGUGUAUAUCGCAUAUGAUGCAGGUCAAAUAGUUCUCUUGUCUUAAUUACUUUGUGGGUACAGAGUUCAUGUUUGUCUUAAUAUUCUGGAAAUAUAGGAUCCCUUGUCCAUAUCCCCUGAUAUUCUUUAUCCUGUUAAAAGCUGUUAGCAUCUACAUUUUAGAAAUUUGAGAUAAAGUUUUAUGUUUUAGUCUAUCUAUGAAACAUUUUCCACUAUACAUAUGUCAUUUCCCA